AUGAUCGUCAUCAUCAUCACUACCACCACCAGCAUCUCCAUCUCCAUCUCUAUCUCUACCUUCAUCAUCGCCAGCAGCAUGACCAUCGUCGUCGUCAUUAUCAUCAUUAUCGCUAUCAGCAUCAUAGACAAAAGCACCAACAUUUCGCAAAACGUUAUGAUCAGUUUCAGAGUGAAACGUCAAUGGAUAAAUUGUAGAUGCAAACAAAAUUACAUACACAGCCAACGACUUCAACUACCGCCGGUAAUUGACAAUCAUCGUUGCUGUUCUGUAGUCAGUUAA